AAAGUUCUUCAUACGACAAGCCAAAGCUACUUUUAAGCUUCGAGAAACUACGAUUCUCUUCCACUGCUGCGAGAUCACCAUGAAGGAAAAAGGAAACGUCUCGCCACAAUACAUGCGGUUACCAGUUUCCACUGCAGCUGGACCGACACCGAAGAACAGCACGCAACAACUGGAAAAGGUUGUAGAAGAUGUCAACAGCUGCAGCAACGUCUUCUGCUUCGUCGGCCUUGUCCAAACUCUACUACACUUUUCUGGCCUCGACGGAAGAGCCGACAGAUAGGACCGCCGAUGUUGCUUCUUGCAGCAACCAGACGAGGGCGGCGCCAAGGGCAUCGGCGCCAACUCCUCCUCGAGGAGGUGUCCGCGAAAUCAUACCGAGCGGCAGACAGGCGCAGGCGCAAGUUGGCUCUGCGGGCCUGUCAGCGAAAAGUGUUUGCUCGCCGUAUGUGAUAGAGACGACUACGGAUCAAAUUCCAAGAAAUCAGAUGCAAAUCGAAAUACAGCAGAAUAACUUGCUAUCUGCUACAACAGUGGAGCCUGUUAUGGCUGUAAAGGAAGGAGGAAGUCAUGCAGCCGUCGAUGCGAAAGCCCGAAGCCGAAUGUUGUUCGAACCCUUUUUGUUCGGUCGUUCAGAAAAAGCACCGAGCAUGAGCAAUGCUGGCCGUUCCAAGAAAGUCAGCGGGCAAGGGACAAGAGUACUGCUAGUUGCGGACUCUGAAAAUGCUCGCAGCACAUCAUCUGACAGGGCUGGAACUGGGACGCUGGAGAAUAUUAACAUUGCGCUUGCCGACAUUUCCCUAGUAACCUUUUUCGAAACCGGUAUCCAUACAUGCGGCUACAUCGGAAUGAUCAUCAUCGGAAAAAUCCUGUUCGAGCAGAACAUGCCGUAUCCGCUGUUUCUCAUUUUCACCGAUCAGAUUGUCUGCAGUGCGGCGAUAGCAGGUACUUACAGACCAUCACACCACAAAACGGCUCUGGUGUGUAUUCAUUGAAAUUGGUUACUCGUUGUCAAUGCGUCCCCAAUGUCUCGACAACUACGUCACGCCUCAGAUCAGUUACGCCAUCUAGUUAAGGUUAAAUACAACCAUCUCGACAGCUAUCCGUGGAGUUGGCCGUGCGGAUGCUUGUGUAAUUGACCCUCGAGAACAAUCGCAGUCGCAGAGGACUGAUGCCGGAAAUGAGUCUGACGUCAAUCCGGAGCAAAAUACAGCUGCAGUUGGACCGUACGGGUCCUUUGCGUCCUGUGUUGACGCUGUGUAUCAGUUCGGGAGGAACUCACUGGGAGACUUCGAUUUCCUUUCCGAGCUCGUGCCGCUGAGUAUUCUAAACGUCGGAACGGGCGCCUGCGGUAUUGCCGCAAACCUGUUUCUCUUUCCAUCUUUCACAGAGGCGAUACAGAUGACUGGCCCGGUUAUACUUAUGGCUAAUAAAUCCUUUUGGAUUCUUCAAAGCAUUUGACUGGUUCGCAUUGAGAAUCUCGUAAAAGACUUACGACGCGCAUGGUUGUGCAGGGCUAAGUAGUCGUUCACUCGGUAGAAGUAGUUAGAUGUUUAUGUUGACAAAAUCAUGAGAUGAAAGGCCAAAGUUAUUGAAAGCAACAACAAGGUGUGUCAAGUUCUAAGAUUGAGGUCCCUCUUGGCUACGUCUUUCAGCGGACAACGGUGUCAACGCUAGCGUUGCUCGCUUUGGUGCCGCUUUCGCUCGGUGGUAUCCUAUCCGCUGUAGGAGAGAUCAAUUUUCAUAAAUUCGGGAUUAUGCUUGCGAUGGGCUCGUUAUUUUUUCGCGCUGGACGAAUGCUCUACACCUCUGUCAUUGUAGUAAAUCACCAGAAGAAAGAGAAACAAGCGGCGAGUGUUUGCGUUGUAGGAAAUGCGCUUGAAGAAGGUGAUGGAACGAUGUCAGGGACAAGGUUCACGCUGUCGGUUGAAGCACAAGCGGAUGGAAACGACUACCUCAGGCAAUCUUCCACAUCUUCGACGGCCGCCAACAGUGCAAAUGAGAAAAAGCCAAUAGCACUGAAUCUCGCGCGUGCGGCAAUGCCUCUCAAUGCGGCAGUCCUUCUGACUGCUUCGUUUUUGAUCGAGGGGGCUGCGCCAUGGCGGGCGUUCUUAUGGGGCAUCGGGAUGCGGGAGAGAGCCCUUAUUCUCGUCAAAGGGAUGUCUGCUGCAUGCUGGUACGUGACCGAGUUUAUUCUCAUCUUAUGCAUGGAUAUACUUAUACUCGAAAGCUGAUGAAAAUAAGCGAGUUACUGACUGACAAAGAAGAGUUUUGACUACAUUCCUCUUUUUUCACUAUCUCCCUUAUUUUAAGUAGUUACUCGCAUGUUUCAUUUUGUCGAACAACAUAUAGUUACACUAUAAACUACUACUUCUACUAACCAUGCUGUUCCUUAUAUGUUGUUACACUUCUGCGCAAACUUUGUUUCGAAUUUGAUAUUUAUACAAAUUGUUCUGAUGAUGUCACUACGAGGGGUACGGAAACGUGCAUGUUGUAGCUCAAGCUGAGAGAGAGGUAGACUUUCUAAUCAAGGAAGAAAAAGGAGCAGUCUUUACGUCGAUCGUGGCCAAUAUGAAUCGAGUUGGAGCAAUCGGUACGGGGUUGCUCGUGUUCCGCAACCCUGUGUCGGCGAUUCAGGCAGGCGGCUUCGCCCUCACUUUCACAGGUCUUGGCCUCUACUUCAAAUCUGCGGCCGACGAGAGUAGAACUCAACAUGCUGGUGAAGAAGAAAAUGCAAAUCGUGCUGCAGACUCCGCCGGUACUGAGUUCACCAGAAGAGGCAUCCCGCAACGAUCCGUUGUUACAGGAGACGUCACUGCAGAACGGCAUACUUCAGAUGUGCGACUUACAGAAGUGGAUCACGACAGUACAGAUAAUCCUGUCAUAGUACCAAUCGUUCACCAACACGGCACAUCCGAAGAUGAGGAACAACGGCGACUACCUCCACAAGAAGCAGCAGGGAAGCAUGGGGAUCAUAAUGCUCAAGCAGGCGUGGAGGUGGACGUGGAUAGACGCGUGGCAGCGCUCGAGCAAAGAAUGGGCGCUAUUGAACAGGCACAGGAGAAUAGACGGUCACAGCGCGAGAAUGAUGCUAGCAGCAGUGCUGCUGGCGGAGGUCCGGCGUUGUGAUGUUGGACGACCACGACACGACACUUUCUUCUAGUUGCUUGAGCUUGAAUCUAGCUGUUUUUGUUCGCAGGACCUGGCGGUGGCCCUUUCUUUGUUUUGCAUAUUUCUUUAGAUGAAUUUGAAUUUCGAUCUAUUUGUUUCUGCAGAUUAACAGCCAGGUAGAAGAACCAACGCGUGUUCCAUCGGACCUCCACCCACGUAUAAUGAAAUAGACAAAACAUAAUGAGGUGACGAUCUCAAGCUUUAUUUCGUUCUGUUUGAAAGGC